UACCAAAUUUUUGUUGACAAUUUUGGGCUUUGCGACUGCCAUCGGUCAUCGGUGAGGUGGAAGGUCCCAUUUCCGUUGUGGCAGUUACCCACCGGUGGAGAUGAAGGAAUACGUAGGCAUGGUGGGAGCACAGAUCGCCCAAGUACUACUCAUGAUAGUCAGCAAGUACGCCAUAGCCGAUGGUAUGUCCAACUACUCCUUCAUCUUCUACUCCAACGCUCUCGCUUCACUCAUCCUUCUUCCUCUUUCCUUCAUCUUUCACAGAUCGGCGAAUCGUCCUCCACUGACUUCCAUCGUAGUCUGUGGACUUUUCACUAUUGGCCUACUAGGUUUCUUGGCACAGGUAUUUGGUUAUUCUGGCAUCUCAUACUCCUCUGCCACUCUUGCAACAACAAUACUCAACCUCAUCCCAGGUUUUACGUUCAUACUUGCCAUCCUAUGUAGGAUGGAAGCAGUCAACUUUGGAAGCUCAACCACGCAGGCAAAAUUCAUCGGCACUGUGGUUUCAAUUGCAGGGGCUAUCCUUGUCACCCUUUACAAAGGCCCCUCAAUAAUACCAUCUACUUUAAAAUCAGAAAUCCCGAAGCAUCUGCUAGUGCAACCAUCAAACUGGGUAAUUGGAGGAGUGUUUCUAGGAAUUGAUUGCGUCUUUUCUUCUAUGUUUAUCAUUUCACAGGCAUUUGUCCUUAAGAAAUACCCUGCAGUGAUGAUUGUAAUGUUCUCUUACUGCUUUGUCUGCACCAUCUUAUCGGUUUUAACUUCUCUGAUUGUGGGAGCUGAUCUAAGUACUUUUAGUUUACGGCCUAAGAAGAGGUUGCUUUCUAUCCUCUACUCGGGGAUUUUUGGGUCUGCUUUUCAAGUCACAAUUCAAGCAUGGUGUGUACAAAGAAAAGGGCCACUUUUUGUUUCCAUGUUUCAUCCAGUGGGAAUUGUGAUCUCAACUUUGAUUGGUCUCAUCUUCUUAGGCGAUGGUUUCUACCUUGGAAGUUUGGUGGGAUCAGUUGUUGUUGUCUUUGGAUUUUAUACUGUGAUGUGGGGGAAGGCCAAAGAACAGAUUGUGGUCGUUAACACAGGAGGGAGCUCAAAAUUGCAGAAUGAAGGGGCCCCUCUCUUGCGGGAUAAUGUUGAGGAGCAGAUUACAUCCCUUUCACCAUAAAGCUCAAUAUCUGAGCAUAAUAGAAAGUUAUUUUUUUUAAAGGAACACAAGUAUAAGUUGCUUUUGUAUGAAACUGGAGAUUUGGGUCAGUGAUCUACCAAUUUUCAUGUAUAGGUAGUUCUUUCUCUUGGGAAAAGGGUGUAUUCUUUAUGCAAGUCACAUGGAAGAAUUAUGUGGACUAUGUUUAUUUUGUUAUUUAAAAGUUUAUGUAAAAAAUGCUCCUUAGUUAUCUAA